AUGUCCAGCGCAGACAAGUCGCACGCCACAGGCCAGUCCAAAGUACCCGGAAAGGUUCAAGAAAAGGUACCCAAGGAUGUAGAGGAGUCUCUUCCCGACAGCAUCCAUCCCACGGGCAAGAAUUCAAGCGAAUCCACUAGCAAGACUCACGCAAAGGGCGGAGGAGAGGAAUCAAUUCUACCUAAGAAGGUUCAGGAGAAGGUUCCCGAGAGUAUUGAACGAGCUGUGCCCAAUGCCCUUCAUAACACCGGAGAUAAAUGAGACUGCUAGCAUCAUAGAUGUAUGGUGGUGUCAUCAACAGUAUGAGAAGACACAUGUCUCAGUUAAGGGAGGAUUAGGUAGUUC